AUGCCUAGUCGUUUCUUAUCUGCACUGAUCGUCACCGACACGAAGAGAUACUACCUGCAAGACAUGGAUGGUUCAGGAAACAAGGCUGUGGGAGCCUUGCACCACGAGCAUUUUGACCGAGUCCACGAUAUGGAGGGCAAAAGCGACAAGAUUAAGCCUACACUCCCAGCGAGCCUGCAAUCUGAGCACCUCGAAAAGGGCAAGCCGAAUUUGGAGCCAGCGUAUGAGUAUCGCACUCUUGGUCGUUCCACUACCAAGACAGCCGCUGAGAGGAAACUCCUAUGGAAGCUGGACCUCCUUCUGAUACCCCUUCUGGCUUUGGUUUAUUUCGUCACAUACUUGGUAAAGACCACCUUGCUUGUAUCCUCUUGA